CCGCGGCGCACUGUUUCCGUCGCCGUCGCCGUUGCCCAUCCGGGCCGAUCGUCCGGGCCGCGGUGACCCGCGACAGACGACCACAGUUUCCUCCGUCCGUCGGGACUCCCGACGGAGCUGUCUCCCGUCGUUGUCCGCCAGUUGUCGGUGGUCAGCGGUGUUACGCCUCGAUCUCUUCCUCGUCUUUCCGGCGGCCGCGUUCUCUGCGGCGUAUACUCCUCGUCGCCGAUCGUCGCCGCGUCCGGUUUUUCGGCGAGGACGCGCACCCUUCCUCGGAGGACGGAACGACCGGUGACACGGCCGCUCCCCUGUCGUCGCCGUCGUCGUCGCUGUUUAUGGAGGCUUCCUGACAACGUUGACAGCUUGUCCCGUCGCCGAUGGCGACAGGUCGAACGUCGAACUUCGGCGUGUCGCGCGAUUCCGAGAGGGAGAGGGAGAGAGAAAGAGAGAGAGAGAGAGAGAGAGAAAGAGAGCGCAACGCAACGCAACGCACGCACGCAACGCCGCUCCUAUGUCCACCUUUAAUUGUCUAUCUCGUCUCCGCGUGCCGAGCCGCCGCCGUGGCUCACGCGACAGUUUCCUCGUUAAAUUGCGUUCGUAAUUCAAGUCGACCGGGAUUCCGUACGCGCACCGCGCUUGGUGAUGCCGAGAAGGUGGUGUCGAGGAGCUCCACCCGCGCGGAUUUUCGCGUUAUCCGAGAUUUUCUCGAGGAUUAUAACGACCGUGUUAAUCUUCGAGUACAUUGUUUUGUCAGCUGUACGUGGACUCGCGAGUUGUCACCCUUACGUUGUGAUUUCCUCGAGAAAACUCUUAUUACAUAAUACCGUGUCGUGACAAGCUCCGAUUCGCCGGAUGUAUUCAGCUUGUAAAUUGAAUUUGAGCGUCAUCGUUAGUUCGGCUGUGCUAUCGGGAUGUUGAAAAUGCGUCGGCUUAGUUGUGUUUCCAGGAAGUGUCGAGGAAGGCAAUGCUAAAAAAAAUUUCUUUUUCCUUUAUGUUACAGAUAAUGUAGGUAUAGUUUAUUAAAAAAAACAAGGCCUUUAGGAUAUAAUUAUAUUUAAUGUCAGUAUAUAAGCUGGAUGCUUGUUAUUGGUGGUGUAAUCAUUGGACCAAGAGAUAUCGAGGCAAUUAAGGCGUAGCAAAGAACGUGUAAAAUGACGAUUGCCACUAGGGGCCAGGGAGUUGGCAUAGACCCUCCCGACAGCCAGCAAAACACACAGAUGCACAGUCCACCAGGUCCACAACAAUUGGCUGACACAAUGUCGGGACUCCAACUCACCGAGAACGUGGUACAAACAGAAUGCAACAAUGAUGCUAUCGCUACGGUAGAAGAUAGCAACCAGCUUCAUGAAGAGCCUGAGUUUCCUAUUUUCAAACUUAAUAUGCUUCAUGAGAAGAUAUCUAGUCCACGAUGGGUUGUACCAGUUCUACCCGAACAAGAAUUAGAGUGCCUGUUAAAAGCCAGUAUCGAACUUUGUAAAAAAGGAAUUGAUGUACAAAGUGAAGCGUGUCAGCGCUUUUUUCGAGAAGGUCUUACAAUCUCAUUUACCAAGAUAUUAACGGACGAUGCGGUAAACAGUUGGAAAUUGAAUAUUCACAAUUGUAUCAAUAUUAACUGUGCACAUUUGGUGGAGCUAUGUGUCCUGAAAUUAGACGAGGAUUGGUUUCCUCUUCUUGAUUUGCUGGCCAUGGUUUUUAAUCCUAGUAAUAAGUUUCACACAGUAAAUGCAAUAAGAGUUUCAGAAACUGUUCCUCCUGGUAGUGAUAUUCCUGAUGAGGAACUUUACGCUCGGCCACCAUCUGAUUCGCGAGCACCUCGUGGUUGGCUAGUAGAUCUUAUAAACAGAUUUGGGAGUCUCAAUGGAUUUGAAAUUUUGCUUUCGAGAUUUCAGAGUGGACGUAAUUUAACAGUACCAGUUAUUUAUGCUUUAAUCAGACCCUUUGGCUUGUGUUACGAGCUGUUAACUGUUCACACAAUAGUUAAAUAUCUGAUGCCUAUUGUUGAAAUGGUACCUCUUAUUUUGAAUAACUUAACCGACGAUGAAUUGAAGAAAGAGGCAAAAAAUGAAUCAAAAAACGAUGCAAUAUCAGCCAUAAUCAAAGCUGCUAAAUGCUUGGUGUCGCGUGUACCUCAUCAGGAAGAGAUGAUAAAGACCUUGGAAAUAUUGAGACUGAAAAUGAUAUUGAGACUCUUGCAAAUUUCUUCAUUCAAUGGAAAGAUGAAUGCUUUGAAUGAAGUUAAUAAAGUAAUAUCUAGCGUUAGUUAUCACCAACAUCGUAACACUAUAGCAGAGGAGGAAGAGUGGCUUACAGCAGAGCGUAUGGCGAAAUGGAUUAAAGACAAUGGGGUAUUGGAAAUCGUACUGAGGGAUUCAUUGCAUCAGCCGCAGUAUGUAGAGAAGCUGGAGAAAAUUUUACGCUUUAUUAUAAAAGAACGUGCACUUACACUAGAAGAUUUAGAUGCUGUUUGGGCUGCACAGGCUGGUAAACACGAAGCAAUUGUGAAAAACGUUCACGACUUAUUAGCUAAAUUAGCUUGGGAUUUUAGUCCUGAACAACUUGAUCAUUUAUUUGAAUGUUUUCAGACAAGUUGGAGGACUGCCAACAAGAAGCAACGAGAAAAGCUACUAGAAUUAAUUAGGAGACUCGCGGAAGAUGAUAAAGAUGGUGUUAUGGCACACAAGGUGUUAACACUCUUUUGGACUUUGGCACAUUCUGAUGAAGUCCCGACAGAGAUCAUGGAUCAGGCACUGAACGCUCAUGUAAAAAUUCUUGAUUACUCAUGCUCGCAAGAGAGAGAUGCCCAAAAGGCAAUCUGGGUAGACAAGUGUGUUGAAGAGUUGAAAAAUGGUGACAAGUGGGCUCUUCCUGCGUUGAAGCAAAUUCGGGAAAUAUGUUGCCUUUAUGAACCAAAUCCCAACCUAGGUCAUAGUCAGCGUAGCCAUCAUUUGCAUUACAGGCAAGAAGUAAUAGAGCGUUUACAAAGUGAACAUUCAGUAGUAAUUCUUGUAACAAAUAGCUUAACAAAUUAUAUGGAUAAAGUGCGGCAGUUGGUGAAAGAAAAUCCUGAUAUCGACGCAAAUACUUUUAUGCCUGAUUGUCGAUAUAAUCAUAUUGUGCAAGUACAAGAAAGAUUGAAUUUCUUGCGUUUCUUAUUAAAAGAUGGACAAUUAUGGCUAUGCGCUGAUCAAGCGGAACAAAUCUGGCAAUGUUUAGCUGAACAAGGUGUAUUUGUUUCGGAUCGUGAGGCAUGCUUUAAAUGGUUUUCUAAACUUAUGGGAGACGAACCGGAUUUAGACCCAGCAAUAAACAAGGAUUUUUUUCAAAAUAAUAUACUGCAAUUAGACCCAACAUUGCUUACAGAAAGCGGUAUUAAAUGUUAUGAAAGAUUUUUUAAAGCUGUUAAUUCUAAGGAAGGAAAAUUGAAACUGAAACGUAGAACAUAUCUCAUGGAUGAUGUGGAUUUAAUUGGAACUGAUUAUUUAUGGAGGGUAGUGACAAACAGCCCAGAAGAAAUUGCAAAUAGAGGCAUCGAACUCUUGAAGGAGGUGAACACUAAUUUAGGACCGCGGUUGCAGUCGUCCGUUUUGGCAUUUCAUGAAACGUAUAUAGCGGAAUGUAUGGAUCGAUUGAAGGCUCAUUAUGAUACUGUAACUGUUUUGAGCAGAGUGUAUUUGGACGGAAAGGAAGAGCGUGAAGAACAAAUGACAAAUAAGAUUAAAAUGGAAGCCAUAAAGAUGUGUCGCGUUAUGAAAGUUUUACAGGAAUACAUAAAUGAGUGCGACACAGCCUUUCCAGGGGAACGAAAAAUAUUACCAUUGCAUAGAGCAGCACGUGGCAAGCAUCUAUCACUUGUUAUCCGUUUUGCGAGUCCUGGUCGAAACGUUGACGACAUAGAUAUCUUUACACAUAGUAAUGAUACUUUAGCUUCAUUGAGACGUCAAAUAUUACGCAGGAUUAAGGCAAGCGGGACAAAUGUGAAACUUGAUUUAUUUAUUAAUGGAGAAUCGCUGGAACAAUCCGAUGAUAGGAAACUCCUUUCUCAGAUUCCACUAAGAGACAAAAUGUUAUUGUCUGCAAAGCUCAGUCAAGUAAAUAGCAAUAUGCCAAGCUCACCGGACAGUAGCUCUGAUAGCUCUACUAGUUCUCCACAUCAUCCAUACGAUGGACCGAAUGUAGAGGCAGAGAAUAGUUUACCUGGUGUGGUAAUGUCGCAAAGAUCGCAGUACGCGACAUUUUUCUUUCAAUUAGCAGAUCUUGGCUGUACUCUUCAGCAUUCGCAGUUGCGUGAUGGUGCACGAAAUCUUUUGCAAUUAGUGCCGCCAGAUACCUUUACUGUAACAAGAUUACAGUGGCUAUUUGGUCAUUACAAAGAUGAUGAAGCUUUACAGAAUCCUUCUCAAUAUCAUUGUAACGAGACGAAUACAACAGUAGAUUCUCUAUUUUUUACUGCAAGUCCUAGCCAAGUUUUAUACAAUUUAGAGGUGUUAUACACUUUGUUAAUGCCUGCUCUCGAUCCUAUGUCGGAGAGAGCAUUUGAAUUUCAAUAUAAUUUCAUAAAAAGUGGCGAAGCGGGUGUUAUUCUCGAUAUGCUAACCAAAAAUAAGUUUUUACCAAAUGCGGACGAAACUACGAAAAGGUCUGCGUAUCUAACUGUGCUGAGACUGUGCAAGCUUCUUCUGACAGUGAUGGGUAACGUGAUGGCAUGCGUAAUGGACGAGGUUCAACAAACUGGGACUUCGGAAAAUCACGACAAUCACGUUAAUAACCGCGGUCGGGUGACGGUGUUGAAACAGGCUCUCCAAAGUGUACCGAAUCAAAGUACCGAGUAUAUGUUGAGAAGUGUCGCAGCCAAAUUGGCACAGCAUCUGGCGCAUCGAAUGCUAUCCGGCGGGCCCGAGGCUGAUCGAUGUCGGCAGCUCUUUGUGCAGGCCCUUUCAUGGGAAUUACCGGAUGUGGCUACUAUACGUGCCAUAAUUAGACUAGCGUGGGCCGCAUCUACGGGUAACUUGAACAACAUUAACGCAUCGAACGAGGCGCUUCACUCGAUGCAUGAAACCAACCAAAAAGAACAAAGAAAUCCUGAUAAUAACGAUGUCCUCGUGUGCAAGGAAGCACUCGAGGUGUUGACAAUCGCCCUCGUGUUGAAUCCGUCAGCAUUGGAAACGUUGUCGAGGGAUAAGAUAUGGCAUACCUUUUUGAUAGACCUUGUGCUACUUAGUACAUCGAAAGCCAUUAGGAUCGCCGCUGGCGAACAAUUUUUUCUCAUAUCAACAUGGUGCAGCGGCGGACACCAAACGCUACUGGUCACCAUAACUCUUCUCUUCACCGUAUUAAACAGUACGGUUAUGGAGAACGCUAGACAGAGUCACGAAUACUUUCAGCUUUUGUGUCGAUUGUUGAACUUCGCGCAUAUGUCAGGUUGCCCCCUCACGACCGCAGAGACGCUGUUAAAUGUUGAGAUAGCCUGGUUGAAAAAAGUUCGCGAUAACGUGAAGGAGACCGGAGAGAGUCAGGUGGAUGAAGCUUUGCUUGAGGGUCACCUCGGUCUGACGAAGGAGCUUCUGGCCUUUCUGCCAUCGAACCAAAAAUAUGAAAUUGGUUCCGAUGAGAAGUACGGAGUUAACUUGAUCAAGGAACUGGUCGAGGACUUUGUGUUCCCGGCGUCUCGCCUAAUGCUGCAGCUCCGUAGUACUGGCGAACUCAGCGCCUCACAAGCAUGCCCGGUGUGUACUACUCCUCAAUCGACCAGCGCCGCGUUCGACUUACUUGUAGGUCUUUGCGUAGGCUGUGUACCCAACAUGAAACUUCUAGUCACAAUGCUCACCGACAUGUUCUACUCCGAAAAGGACGAACCGUUAGUGGAGUGGGAUUAUUUACCGCCUGUGGGUCUUAGACCACUUAAAGGCUUCGUAGGCUUGAAGAAUGCAGGAGCAACCUGCUAUAUGAAUUCAGUAUUACAGCAGUUGUACAUGGUGGAAAGCAUUAGGGUUGGGCUUUUGGCGGCGGAAGGUGCGGCGACAGAUCUGAACGAGGAUUUCUCGGGCGAGGAGAGGAUCGAGGGGGAGCAGACAAUUGAAACGAAUGACAAUGAUACAAACGAGGAGAAGUGCGGCGCUGAUGAGUCCAGGAAGGAAUAUAACAUCGGUAUUUUGAAACAAGUGCAAGCAAUAUUUGGUCAUCUGGCUUACAGCAAAUUACAAUAUUAUAUACCUAGGGGACUAUGGAAGCACUUUAAGCUUCAAGGAGAACCUGUAAAUCUUAGAGAGCAACAAGAUGCAGUAGAAUUUUUCAUGAGUUUGGUGGAGAGCCUAGAUGAGGCAUUGAAAGCCUUAGGACAUGAGCAGAUAAUGGGCAAGAUUCUUGGUGGCUCAUACAGUGACCAAAAAAUCUGCAAAGGUUGCCCUCAUAGAUAUUCCAAAGAGGAGCCGUUCAGUGUGAUAAGCGUGGAUAUACGGAAUCACAGUAAUUUAUUGGAUUCUCUCGAGCAAUAUGUAAAGGGAGAACUGCUGGAAGGUGCAGAUGCCUAUCAUUGUGAUAAGUGCAACAAAAAGGUCGUAACGGUAAAGAGAUUGUGCGUAAAAAAGCUGCCGCCUAUUUUAGCAAUUCAAUUGAAAAGAUUUGAGUAUGACUUCGAGCGUGUAUGUGCUAUAAAGUUCAACGAUUAUUUUGAGUUUCCACGAGAUCUAGAUAUGGAGCCGUACACUGUCUCUGGUUUAGCUAAAUUAGAAGGAGAAGUCAUAGACUGCGAUUAUGAGGAAGCUAUAAAAGGAACAUGUACGAAGUAUCAAUUGACUGGUAUUGUCGUUCAUAGUGGUCAGGCUAGCGGUGGUCAUUACUAUUCCUACAUUUUGCACAGACUAAACGAUGGUACGGCAAGGUGGUAUAAGUUUGAUGAUGGCGAUGUAACGGAAUGCAAAAUGGAGGAGGAGGAAGAAAUGAAAUCUCAAUGCUUUGGCGGUGAUUAUUUAGGGGAGGUAUUUGAUCAUAUGCUCAAGCGGAUGAGUUACCGCAAACAAAAGCGAUGGUGGAACGCAUAUAUGUUAUUUUAUACAAGACUAGAUGUAGAAGAAAAUUCUCUAAUGAAGAGUGUAAAUGAAUUGUCAUUGUAUACGAAACUAGGAGUUAUGAAAAUGCCGUCAGCGAUAGAGUACAGUGUGCGAAAGCAAAAUAUAAAAUUUAUGCACAACCGAAAUCAAUUUAGUGCCGAAUACUUCCAGUUUAUUAAGAAAUUGGUGUCUUGCAAUCCUCAUAAUAUCAACCGUCAAAAUCCAAACGAGAAACUCAACCCGGAAGUGGAAGAACUUGCGAUGCUGUCGAUUCAGUUGGCAUCAAGAUUUCUCUUUUAUACAGGCUUUCAUACUAAGAAAACAUUACGUGGCACGGCAACAGAUUGGUACGAUAUCGUGUGCCAUCAUUUGCGUAGUAGUAAAUCAGUACGGUCUUGGUUCGCCAAUGAAGUACUGUUCAAUCAUCCACAUAGAUUUUGUGAAUACCUUUUGAGUUGCCCUAGUACAGAGGUGCGCACUGCUUUUCUCAAAAUUUUGGUAUUUCUUGCACACGUUUCUCUGCAAGAUGGUCCAUGCGCUCCGCCCAGUUUAAAUGCACCAAAUCCAGUUGCGACACUCAGCGAUCAUUUAUUACACGCGGUGCUGUCGCUGCUGCACCGUGAGAUUUCGGAUCACGGUCGUCAUCUUCCUCAUUACUUUUCUCUCUUUCACGCGUACGCCUCGCUUGGUCUUGCCGAAAAGGCGCAACUGCUUAAGCUAAAUGUACCAGUUACGUUUAUGUUAGUUGCUAUCGAUGAAGGUCCAGGUCCUACUAUAAAAUAUCAGUAUCCAGAGCUGACUAAACUUCACCAGGUAGUUAGCAUGCUAAUACGAUGCUGCGAUGUGUCGUCAAAAGUACACUCGAGUCAGACACCCCGUGCAGAACCUUUACCAAAUCCGUACGGAGAUCCCGCAUGUCAAUCAGAAUAUCUUAUGCCCAUCCAAGCUCAAGCAGCGGAAAUAUUGUUUAUUCGUACCAGUUACAUUAAAAAAUUAAUCGAAGACGCUAAUGUGACUGAAGACACGGUUAAGUUGUUGCAAUACUGUUGUUGGGAAAAUCCACACUUGUCGCGAACAGUGCUUAGUGAGCUGUUGUGGCAGAUAGGAUUUGCUUACACCCACGAGUUAAGGCAUCACACGGAUCUGCUGCUUGCGAUACUGUUGAUGGAGGAUUCGUGGCAGACGCAUCGUGUGCAUAAUGCACUUAAAGGAGUUCCUGACGAGCGAGAAGGUUUAUUCGAAACAAUACAAAGAAGUAAAAAUCAUUAUCAGAAAAGAGCGUAUCAGUGUAUCAAAUGUAUGGUGCAGCUCUUUAGUAAAUGUAGACCAGCGCAUCAGCUUUUGCAUCACAGCCCCGAGUUGAAAAGAAAAUGGAGUCACGCCAUAGAUUGGCUUCACGACGAACUUGACAAAAGACCAUAUACUUCUACGGCGCCUUAUACACACGCGUAUAACAAUUGGUCACCACCAACACAGUCCAAUGAUUCUGCAAACGGCUAUGUUUUGGAACGUAGCAAUAGCGCGAGAAAAACACUGGAGCGUGCAUGUGAGCUGUGUCCUGAUGAAGAACCGGAAGUCGAGGACACGAGCGAAGAUUGCGCGGAAGAAGCCGAGAAAUAUCAACAUACGUUUAAAUAUCAAUCUGCCAAUCCAUCAAUACCAUCCAAAUUUCAUCCUAUAACUAUUCAAGCAUCAUCAGCAAGAACUAAGAGGCGUAAUAACAGAGCUUUAGGAUGGGCGUCUAUGGAUUAUCCCGACUUUACCGUGAUCCAACAAAUGCAAGAAGAGCAACAGCCUCAACCAGGACCUUCUCCAGUACAUACACCCCACUUAGCGCUUCAAAUGCAUAAUCCACAAAACUGUGAGUCGUCACAAAAUACCAGCCAGGAUCCAUAAUGAACGCUGAAUACUGACGUUUUACCAAGUUGCUGCCUCAGUGAAACAAUUUCGGGAUACUUAGAUAUUACUGCGCCAGCAGCUUGGUGGCAAGCGGUAGCAGCAUAUGUACAGAUAUAACAAGUGAGGAUUUGUUUUUUUUUUUAGUGAUCAUUCUUUAAUGAACUCAUGCUAAUCUCUUAGUUUCACUGUGGGUAGUUACUUUGAUAAUAUGACGCGCUAUGAAUGUUCGAAACUGCAAUGUGAAAAUGGGAGAUAAUUCCGACUGAAAAGGUGAAUUAACGCAUGUUGGUUGAGGCAAUUAAUUCUCAACGAUAGUUUCUUUAUUCUCCUUAAUCUCGAAACCAUUGUUUGUAUCUCCUCAAUGACCGUUUGGCUUCCAAUUCUAGAAAUGACAAUUUGAAAAAAAGAAUAAAAAUAAAAAUAAAAAACGCUGUUUCUUCUCGAACGAUCAAUAAAGCUAAUAGUACAGCUAGGAGUUUCAUUUGCCUCGAUUAACGCAUGUGGAUUCAAGCUUAGGAAUAUCGUAAGAUUGUAUAAAUGUAUAGCGAGUAGUAUGUUACGGAACCCCGUUCUCUGCCGAUUAGAAGACAAAAAUAUAAACCAUAAUUUUCCGUAUGCCUAUGUAAAUUUGUUACUAAUAAAAAAAGAAACGAAGGGAAGUUGUGAGAUGGAACUUUCUAACGAUUGAAAGAUAUAACUACAGAAAAAAAUGGGAAAUGAGCUAGUAUGUUCUUAUCUCAUUCAGAGAAAGUGAAGCAGUUGUCGCGAAAAAAAGCUAUGCUCUAACAUAUAUAUAUAUAAAUAUAUAGCUAUGCUAUAUAUGUAUCAUAGCUUUUGCUAUUUAAUCUUUUAACAACAAUAAAAAGAAUUCUUGUACUUAAUAAUCUCGAGCAUUCUGGAAGAAAGUCACUUAUCGGCGGCCUGCCGCGCUGCUAAAUUUCAACAUACGCCAAUGAUGCCUCCUGUUGUGCUUUCUUUCAGUUCGACCGAUUUGAAAGAGUUGUGCCUUCGACAUUGUGCGACUCCCAUUGUACUUUUAGGUAGAUAUUUAAGAAUCAAAUUGUUGCUUCAAAUUUGAUUGCUUAUACUUCGCUUGUUGAGUUAACUGUGGGAAAGGAAAAGAAAUUUAGAGAAUAUCAUUGAGAAAACGCGUGGGGACACGACGAGAGAUAAUUUCGUCGAAUGGAGAGAUUGAAUCGGAAUGUAAUCUCGGAGCCCAAAACGAGAGGAGGGGCCACUUUAUUAGUUCAUCAUGACCCAUAUACGCAUGUUAAAAUACGACAUCGAGUUGUUGGAUGUACGGGCAGCUGCUUUUUAAAAACACUCAGACACUGUCCUCGUCCGGAGUCCAAAUUUUUACGAAGAAAAGGAAUUGAAGGGAGCGAUAGUGAGAUGCAAUGGAGGAUAUGGAGCAAAUAAAUACUAGUUUGUAUCGUUGUAUGAUACGAUUUACCGUUGAUAGAGCUGUGGUCUUUUUACAAAAGUUGUGAAAACGAUCAUAGCACACAUCAUUUUCGGCAAUUAUGUCUGGCAUAUUACGUAACGGAGUAUUCUAGAGGAUGAGAACGUGAACUACGCGAUGAACGACCCUUGAAUUUAAUAAACUGGCCAUAGCUCUGACUUAUUGAAUAGCGUGUGUUAUAUAUAGGUAUUAUAUAAAAGAAAAAUAAUCUUUAAAAAGGAAAAGGGAAGUAAAAAAAGUGUAACAUGAAAUAAGCGAGAGCUGUGCGUAUACAUAAAUAAGAUUUCGUGCGAAAAACCAACGACUAUGUCAAGACACCAGGAAGUAAUGACGUAUUGAUUAUUAUUGUUCGUAUUUAUCGAAUACCGAGUUAAACAGUGUACCAAAUUAUAUGAUAGCUUCUAUUGGUUAAACGAUAAUGGUACCUAAUCUUACUCAGAUAUGUACAUAUAGACAACCGCUUUUUAUAUGUGAUAAAAAAAUCAUUAUAUUCCUAUUAUACAUUGAGAUUUAGAGAAACGCUAUUGUAAAUCCUGGUUUUUGUACACAGACUGUAUGCUAAGUUCACUUUUGUUAACACGAAUUGUAGUCUAUAAUUAUUUAAUAUUUAAUUGUACCACUAAAUAAGCGUAUAAUGUACGAUACUUGAUUUUCUUUCUGUUUUUUUUAUUCUCUGAGAGAUAUGAAUUCACAAAACUGGAAGUGUCAUGAAUACUAGUGUCAUUUUAUCUUUUAUUAUGCGUGGUAGAGAUAAGGGAGACGUAAGCUACGGGACAUAGCCAAGCGCGUUUUAAUUAGUGACAGAUAGAUAGGUCGCCGGAAUACCGUUUCUUAAUUUUUUUUCUUUUUGCCAUCGAAUGCGAGGCAGCGCUCGAUGUUGUCGCGUAAGAACGAACGAAAGGAGGUAUACAAGGGGCGGUAGAAGUUGCGACGGGAUGGCUACAUUUUUCCUGUGCGUAACGCAGGAUCACGUCAAUGGAUAAUUUCACUGAGUUACGAAAGCACGAAUGAAAAAUUCGCCUGUGUGAAUUCGUCUACGAGAUUCGACGGGCGACGCGAGAAUCUAAAUUCAUUGAAAUUGAAAAUCGAUUUCUACAGCGUUUGUACGUAGCAUAAUGGAGCGUGAGGAAAGAGAAAAGUGUUCCGUGCAACGUUUUUUUAUUUACAUGGAACGUAUGCGCGAUUCCCCAUUCCGCAGUUGAAGAAACUACUUUUACAUGCUGUUUAAUACGUUGCAUACACAUCGGCGAAGGUUGUCGUUGCAAGUUCGUUUCAGAGUACGAGGGUCGUCGGACGAGAGAAAAAAAAGAAAGAAGAAUCAAAAGGUUCAAAGGCAAAUGCGUGUAUCAUUAACACGUACAUUAUUAAUGUACGUGCCGCUUGCGCGUGGCCUGUAAAUGUGCGGAGUCGCGCGUGAGACCAGAGUGUCGUAUCGUUCUCGAGAUCGUAUACAUUUGUAAUUCUCGUACAUGUAGCAAAGGGAGAAGAAGAAGAAGGCAAAGAGGAAAGAGAAAAGGCUUUAUCAUCGACGUCUUUAGUUUAAGUUCUAAAGAUAAUUUUAAUUGUACUCAACACGAAUGACGCUCUAGUCAGUAAAAUUACAAAUAAACGAAAGGAGAUUACAGAUUCCGUUCAUUUAAUGCGAUCUGCGUGACGUUCUCGAUGAAUUGUCGUCGUCAUCAUCCUCGUCAUCGCUACUUUUUAUCAAAUAGACCGCAAACAUUUCUGCGGACGCGUUCUCCGCAUUUUUUCUCAUUUGCCUUUGACGUCCGAGGAGCUCGUCGUUUGCAACUACCUCGACAGGCAAUUAGGACAAGUGUCUACUUUGUACUUUCGUCUUGAUCCUUGAACAAAAUCCCGCCCUGAAAGAGGACAUGAUCGCGCGUGCUGCUCCCCUCCGUGCUCGAUUGUCCUGUUGAAAAAUGAAAAGGCGAUAUCAUGAUGCACUAGUAGAAUAUUGGCAUCCGAGGAUCUGUCUAGGAGGAAAUUUCCUGGUCCUACCUCUUCGAAGAUCGAGGAAAAGAGCGUCGCUUCCACUUUCGACCUAUUUUAUGUAUCACGAUUGUUCGAGUUGGUGUCACUUUAUUUAGUUAAUAUCUAAGAAAUGAUCAAGGUAAUUCGCCAGACAGGUCACGGUUUGGCCGCGUCGAGCUCACACUUGAGGAUCGGAUGAUUAAAGCAGAAGAGGGAUAGGUCAUGAAUUGGUGUUUGGAUCGAGGACUCGGACUCACCGCCGACCUUGAUAUCAUAUGAGCCGAAAUGUGCUCCGCAGAUGUAAUCCUUACCAAAGUCAAAUACCAGAAGCAUAUAUGUUUUCUAAUGACAUGUACACUUAUGUUUAUGUAAGAAUACUUUUUGCACGUGGCUCACGAGUUCUUUCGGGGGUGCGAAUGCCGAUCGUCGAAGAAUCGAUAUCUUCGACGUUUGGAUAUGCGACAUAAUCCUUUUUACAUUAGUUUUUUUUUUUUACGCUAGGUAGUUCACUUCAGAAUGCGUGUAUUUUUGAAGGCUUUGAAGAAAGAUUGAAAGCAAGAGGAGGAAGAAAGUUGCAUCGAGGAGGAGAAGAGAAAACUCGAUCGAGAAACGCAUAAUUCUUCCCAGAAAGUGACAAAAAAAGCAACCUCCCCCUCUCCGAGAAAGAGGAGCUAAUUGUUCGCGGAAUACACACCGAAAUAUAUCCUUUCGCCUAAAAUCGUUUUUCUUUCAGUCCGUAAUGUACUUUGCAACACAUCACCUUCGAUCUCUCUGGGGAGGAUUACGUUCUAUGCGAAAGAGAUGUUACAUAAUUUUGCGUUUGCGUGGGUGUGUGCGUAAACAGGCUUGUCCUGUUGCGUGUAUUUAGUUUCUACGCUUUCUUCGCACGAAACCAAAUAUUACAGAGAAAGGUAAAGGAGAUCGAUAGUGAAGGAAACGAAGCAGAAACGUAGAAACGAAACGCGAAUAAAUCAGCCGCAUAACUGGUCGGCUUUCCCGGAUCGGAGCGAAAGAACGAAAGUUUAAGAGACAACAUUUAGGAGCGAACGUAUUAAUUGCAAUUAAAUUGUGUCUUAUAACUUUCGCUAUUAACUGCGAUUAAUAGAGCUAGGAAGAAUAAAUAUUUAUGCGCUAGGGAACGUCUGACUCUUAUGUGAUUAUUUAACAUUUUUUUUCAUCCCAGCGAGACUCUCAACUUUUUAUUAGAAACUUAUUCCGUAUAAUUUAAUGCCGCAUACAAAAUCUGACUAAACGCGCAUGAUACGCGUGAAGCAAUUGAAACGUAAAAAUGUCAAAGAGAUUGUACUGUUAAUUAUUGACGAGAAAUUUCGACGCUAAUAAUACUAGAUAAAAUUUAAACCAAGGAAUUCGAAAUCUUAGAUGAUUGGAGAAUAUUGCAGUAUCAAAUCGAUCGAUUGUAAUCGAUCACCGAGCAAAGAGAACAAAUUAUAACGAGGUAUAAAACGAAGUAUCUGUAAAGAUAUAUGCGGGAUUAACAUAUUGUGCAUAAGAAUAAGGCGACACAUGUGAGCAUCUUCGUGUGUUUGUUAUGUGAGAAAACGAUUCAUGAACGUAAAUUUAUCGAUAAUGACGUUAUUCUUUACGUCUAUGAGUUAUAAAUGGUCUGAAAAAAGAUUAAUUGAUACAAAAAUCAAAAUAGAUUAUCUAAUCGAAAUGUAUUCAAGCGGAAAAAAAUAACGAUACGAAGAUACCGAGAGCUGAAUUGAAUGGAUGAUAAACGCGUUAAAGAAUCGCACUGCAUGCGAUAAUGAGAAGAGACGAAGUUAUCAAAAGACGGAGCUCAACAUGACAGAAAUAAAUAUAAAAUUAACGUAAACAAGUAUUUGAGAGAUAGUGUCACAAAGAUGCCGAAAGGUGUCCUCGUUCAUAGACAGUUUUUCGAAGGAUUUUAAAUGUAGUUUGAACCUUUAUGGCGUAUUUGGACAAAAGCAAGCGGCGAAUGAAUUAUGUCCGAAGCUAUUCUUACUCUGUUCGAAUCGCUUGUAAUGGUGGGAUGGCAGAGAAAAAGGUAGUUAAAAAAAUUUUUUUACAACAAUCUGUUAAUUUUUUACCCGCUAUCGUUAUAAAAAAAUGUUGCGGAUAAAAUAUAAUAUCCUGGUAUUAUCUCCUGCUGUCAAUAUCAUAACAUAUAUACGUAAAAAUUAUUACAGGACUUUUCGAAAUAAUAUUCGUUUUAAAGGAGAUCCGGGAAAAAUGUCGGCGUAAGCGUGUAAAAGGAUUUUUAAGUCUUAUUAUAUGUUCAAUUAGGAUCUCCAUGUUUAUCAAUGUAAAUUAACUUAAAAAUCUAAAUUGAACUUACCCUUUAUCUUUUUCUAGUUUUUCUAGAAAAGAUAAAGAAUGAGUUAAACAGAAACUACAAUUACUCUACAUUGAUGAAAAUGGGCAUCAAUGAUGCUGCAUACAAUCGCGAUGCUUUUAAUCGUGCUUUUAUAUUUUACAUUUAUUUUGUACCAAUAACUUCUGCAAUUUUUAAUUUUGUGGGUGUCUCGACAAUCAAGUGUGUUCGCGUUUGUGAAUGUUGCUACUGGAUUCUCAUUUUUCGUCUCACAAAUCAUCACGAGCGUUUUCGAAUAAUAAAAUCGAAUUCGUAAAACAAAAGCUCGCGUCAAAUUCUCUCGUUUGUGAUUUCGUCUUCGCGUGUACUUUCCGGAUCAUUAGGAUUCAUUCUGGAUAUACGUGAACAAUACGAAAAAUUUGGAAAAGUAUUCGAAGGGGAGGGAAAACGUGCGAAAUAUGAAAAUUUAAAUAAUCCUAAAAUGGAUUUGGAAUCUUUCGGUCCUUCGAGCGUCUCAUGCCGUCGAUGAGAUUUGGUAGAGGAGAGAAAGAGAGAGGAGCGAGGAUAACGAGAUUUGCCGUCAACGUGCUCUGAAUUUUGUAAGCAAAAGAAAAAAGAAUACAAACCAGAAGCGCUCAGGUCGCCCUACGCGCUACAUAUCCGUUAAAAAAUGGCGCAUUUAUGCAGGCAUUUUUAAUUAAAAAAAAGUCACAAACCGAUUCGCCAACCGAUCCUGCAACCCUUCCCACGCCGUCAACCCGCGCGAUUAUUUGUGUUCCCUCGCAGACUCUCUUUCGAUAUACAUAUAUAUAAAUAUAUAAAUAUAAGUAUAAUUACUGUAAGAUUGUAUAUUCUUAAUUAGAUGCAACACUGAAGUGCGCGGUCGCUGGGGUGAUUUGAGAAUAAAAUAAAAAUUACACACACAGUCGGAGAGAAAUAGAUAUGCACGGGGGAGGAGGGGGGGUUGCGGGCGACGGUUUGCCAAUUUUCGGGAAGCUUUCUCUUACGAACAAGGCGAUACCCGCGCGUCUUGCGUGUUCCGCAGCGAGGAGACCUCUGCCGCCUCCGGAAUCUUUUGUGUAUUAUUUCUAACAGAAUGUAAUAAAGUAAAGUUUAAACAGA